GAAGGCGCGACGCGAUGCACCUGCUCCUUCUUGCCCGCAGCCCAGUAUUCCGUUUACGUACUCCGUGGAACAUUAUUGAUGGCCAGUGAUCGACGCCCCACCAGUCGGUAGACGUGAAAACAGCUCUAUCUUAUCGGCCGCACCUGCCCCGCGGUCGCGUCACACAUCCGGAGUCCUAUGUAACCCCACCAUAAAGAUCAAGCCAUAUACCUUCGAUUAUCGCGGACCGUUCCUCUUCGUCAUUCUCCCCCCCUUCAUCUCCCAUCUUCUUCAUCUGUUGUCUGCUCUUCUAUACCCCGGUUACCCAAAAGUUUCCGACAUACCCGCAUCACAAUGGCCGCUACAGCUCCCUCUGGCCGCCUUGCUGGCAAGAACGCCGUCAUCACCGGUGCCGCUGGCGGCAUUGGCCUCGAGACAUCCAUCCUGUUCGCCAAGGAGGGCGCCAACGUGCUCAUGUCUGACAUCUCCGUCGAGGCCCUCGAAAAGGCCCAGGCCAAGGUCAAGCAGCUCGUCCCCAACGCCCAAAAGGUCGAGAUCAAGAAAUGCGACGUCUCCAAGGAGGCUGAGAUUCAAGCCCUCGUCGAGGCGGUCGACCCCUGGGGCGGCCUGGAUGUCAUGUUCAACAACGCCGGCAUCAUGCACGCCAAAGACGACGACGCUGUCAAUACCCCUGAGAACAUUUGGGACCUGACACACAACAUUAACGUUAAGGGUGUAUGGUACGGCUGCAAGCACGCCGUCCUCGCCCUCCGCCGCCACAAGAAGCAAAAGGGUAGCAUCAUCAACACGGCAUCGUUCGUGGCCCUCAUGGGUGCCGCCACCCCGCAGCUCGCCUACACGGCCUCCAAGGGCGCCGUCCUCGCUCUCACGCGCGAGCUCGCCAUGGUCCACGCCCGCGAAGGCUUCCGUUUCAACUCGCUCUGCCCCGCCCCUCUCAACACUCCCCUGCUGCAGGACUGGCUCGGCGACGACCAGGCGAAGCGAUUCCGCCGCGAGGUUCACUUCCCCACCGGCCGCUUCGGUGAGGCCGUGGAGCAGGCUCACGCCGUCGUCUUCCUGGCCAGCGACGAGGCCAGCUUCGUCAAUGGCCACGACUUCGUCGUCGACGGCGGCCUAAGCAAAGCCUACGUCACCGCCGAGGGCCCGGCCCCCGCGGCGCCGACCAACAACGCGUCCAAGACUUCGCUCGAGUAGAUGGAGGCCUUAUGAUUAACAUGAAGAUGAUGCUUGUGGUGUGUCUAAGGCGUCUUCUGUGUAUAAGUUUGUAUUUAGUUGCAAGACAUGAUGCACCCAAACGCCGGCCGAUGCUAAAUCGCAAGCUACGUUACAC